AGUCAAGGAUUUGCAGAUGCAAGGGGGAAAAACUAACUUGGUGAUGAAGUAUUCGUGGUAGAAAGUUGCCCAUUCAUCCCCAAAUUCCUGUACCCAGCUCUGACUACUGGCUGCUGUGGAUCCCUGCCCGCAAGCAUUUGACUCAUCUUUGCCAUGACUCAGAAAUGUAUUGGGAACCCUUUUUUUUUUUUUUUUUUUCCCUUUUGAAAAAUGAAGUGAAAGUUUAUCAACCUGUACGGUUAAAUGAAAGACCAGCGAGCCAAAUGAGGAAGUAAACCCUUCCUUUAGAAUGAGCUCUAACCUGCUCACAGCACUUGUUUGCUCUCUGCUGACUGCAGCCCUGCCUUAAGGCUCUCCAUACCAGGCAGCUUCCUUCUGGCUGCCCUGAGCAGCUCCCAGCAGCCCACAGUGAUGGCACCAUGGGGAUCGGACAGGUAACAUAGGAUUUUCUUCCAACCACUACCCAUGACAGCCUUCAAAAAACAAGCUGCUUCUCUGAAUACAAAAACAACAGGAAAAUAUUAACUCAGGCAUCACUGGAACAGCUGAUGCCUGCUGGACGAGGACGGGAAGACAGAAGCACAUUUGGAAGGAAGGCAGAUGCCUGCUAGGAUGGCCCUGACCAGUUCAUUUUCCAGCAAGCCAGUACCACCAGGCUCCGAAGGAGUUUCAACAGGGAGAGAAGUUCACCAGAGCAAGCUGGACUUUUUCUGUAAGCUAGGCUAUGGUAAACAGGACAUCUGCAAAGUGCUGGAGAGCCUGGGCCAAGAGGCCCUGGAGGAUGAUGUGCUCAAAGAGCUGAUUCGGAUGGGGAGAAAACCUCAAGCUCUGGAGAGCCAGGCUCAGCCUCCCCAACUAAAACUUGUAGCCCGUGGGUCGUGCAGCACCUCAUCAGUGCCAAAGUGGCUCGGAGAAGAGGAAGGUGAUUCCUCCAGUCACUUGAGAGCCAUUGUGAUUGACGGCAGCAAUGUAGCAAUGAGCCAUGGAAACAAAGAGGUCUUCUCCUGCUGGGGGAUCCGCCUGGCUGUGGACUGGUUCCGAGAAAGGGGACACACCUACAUCAAGGUUUUUGUCCCCCUCUGGAGGAAGGAGCCCCCUCGACAAGACAGUCCCAUUGCAGAUCAGCACAUUCUUGAAGAGCUUGAGAAGCAAUCAAUCCUUGUGUAUACCCCAUCUCGGAAGGUGAAAGGCAAGAGGGUAGUUUGCUACGAUGAUCGCUAUAUUGUGAAGGUUGCUUACGAAAAAGAUGGGGUCAUUGUUUCCAAUGACCAUUACCGGGAUCUCCAGAAUGAAAAUCCUGAGUGGAAAUGGUUCAUAGAGCAGCGACUACUCAUGUACUCUUUUGUCAGUAAUAGGUUUAUGCCUCCUGAUGAUCCACUAGGCCGGCACGGACCCACUCUUAAUAAUUUCCUCAGCAAAAAGCCAGCACUUCCUGAAUCAACAUGGCAGCCUUGCCCCUAUGGUAAAAAAUGCACUUACGGUAACAAAUGCAAGUUUUACCAUCCCGAGAGGCUGCAUCAAGCUCAGCUGUCAGUUGCUGAUGAGCUCAGAGCCAGAACAAAAGUGCCCAUGAGCAUGGGGAAGGAGGAGGAGGUGUGCAACUGCUCUCCAUAUUGGACUGGCAGAGAGCCUAUGACUCACAACCCUGUCACAGAAAUGCCACAGGGAGCCAGCAGGAGCAUGAGGGCUUCUUGCUAUGCAGCAUGGUCCCCAGACAGAUACCAGCCAGCUGAUGCUUGGGCCAUCAGUUCCAACUCUGGCCUGGAGCUGGACGGGAAACCAGAAGCCCUCGGAGCCCAUCCCCUCGUGGGAGACAUGGCAGCACUCUUCAUCAGUGACAAGGUGUACUCUGGACCAGCGUGCACCUCAAAGGACAAAGAUGUGUCUGACAGCCCUCAUAGCUGCUGUAGCCUGAGGCACAACCCCUUUCUGCUGCACCACCACCACCACUGCUUGGAUUGCACCUGCUUACCAGGGAGCCCCUUCCAGCACUCAGUGAUCCCACCUGCUCCAGGCAGGCACCAGGAGCACUGCUGGCCCCAGGAGUGCUGGUCUGAUGGGUCCCAGUCUGGGCCAGUCCUGGAGGCACAGCAGCGGCAGCACCUUCCUCCAUCCUCUGUGAUGCCUCUAGCUGAGCCACUGCAAGUUUACAGAGAGAGGCCCCAGUGCUGUUUCCCCAGCCACCCCUUUCUGCUGGAUGCCAGCAGCACGCCUGACUUCUUCCAGAAAGCCUCUGCUCAGCCCAGUGCUGCUUACUGUGGUUACUGGCCACCCCAUGCUGCAAGACCUCCUGCCCAGCAAACAAGUGUCCACAGGGAGCUGUGCACUAUUUUCCCCUGUGCCGAAGUGAAUCGAGUCAUGGCACUGUACCCUGAGAUCAAGGAUAUCGCUAGCUUGACAUUACUGAUUCAAAGACACAGAAACUUGUGACGUCUCCAGGUUAAACCUUUCCCACCAAGUGCAGAGCUGCUACUCUCAGGUUUACCUGAGUGUUACCAAAGGGCUUUAUGAGUUGAGUUACAGCUGUUCAAGUAGCAUACAGCUGAGCGUCAACCAGUUAUGAUGCAUGGGGCAUUGAGUCAAGACAAUUGCUGUGGUUCACAGCGGUAGGAUCUUGUCUACUUCACUUGGGAGUGAGUAGGAAGCCUUCAGUUUAAUAACUGAGCUGCCAGCAUGUGAACCUCAUGUGUUUCUAAUGUGCUGUUUAAAUACCACCAAGGAGCUAUUCUGCGUGGGUCCCAUUAAAGGGAUCCUCAUAACAUUCAUCACGACUAGUCUGCUCAGCUAGCUGAAAAAAAAAGUGAUUUGGCAUAUUUCCCCUAACAUGGGGCUGUACUUCCUGCUAGAAGGCAUCUUUGGGCCCAUGUAAUUACCUGAUGGCUUUAAUUACAAGGCAAUCAUGUCCUAGGCCUUUAAAAAACCCAACUAGUGUUUAUGAACCAAUGCUGUGAACCCACAGGAUUACUAAUAGAGGUAGCAAAGAAAGACCCCAGAGUGCUUGGAAGCAACUGCAGGUAUGUUUCUCAGGGCUCAUGCACAAUAAGUCAAGUGAGGGAAGUUCUCCAUAAUAUAAGUAAGUCCUAUUGCAGUUUGAAAGCUCAGGGCUGUUCUUUGAGUUAACAUAGAAGAUAGCAAAGGAAAAUAAUAGUAAUAGUCUCUCUGGACUGCUUCUGUCCUAGUAAACAAGAAAAAACAUUGUUGAAUUAACCCUUAAUUACCAAACGUGAUCCCAUAAUGCCACUAUACAGAUGAUUUAUGAUGACAAAUAUUUAAACUCUAUUCUGCUGGGACAUGUUUGAUUUUCAGUAAGCUGUAAAGCUAUUCAUCUUUGUGUUAUUCCACUGAAUUUUUUUUUUUAAGUUAAAAUUCAAGUGUUAAGGUUGAUCCUGAAUGUUUUUUGGCGUUUUACCAAAGUUUAAGUAUGUCAGUAUGACAGAUCUUAAGAAUUAUUUAGCAUGUUAUAAAAUGAACACCUAGAACACUUUGCUCUGAAUAUGUUCUGGUUUUUUUAUUCAUUCCUUUUAGUGCUGAUGGAUAAUUAGGUCCAACAUUUAGGUGGCCUUUACAGAAUCUCAUAUGCAUUAGAGAAUCUCUAGUGGGUUCUUCUUAGAAGUACAGUCAGGCAAUAAUUAAACCUAGCUCACACUGAAUGCUCUUGGUUUGGAAAGGCGACCAAGCAGAAGUAAUUUACCUUUAGUGUCACUGUCACAUGAUGCAUUUUUUGUAUUUGUGAGAAGAUUCUUCAGGAAAUAAACCAAAUCAGCUGAU